AUGAAGCACGCUCUUGAGAACACGUGGACACUAUGGUUCGAUAAUCCAAACGGGCGCCAGAAGCAGACGACUUGGGGACAGACACUCCGCAGUGUGUACACGUUCAACACGGUAGAAGAUUUCUGGUGUCUGUACAAUAACAUACUGACGCCUUCAAAAUUGAUAAUGGGAACGGAUUUCCAUCUUUUCAAAGAAGGGAUUCAGCCGAAGUGGGAGGAUGAGACGUGCGCGAAAGGGGGUAAGUGGACAUAUUACGUUCCGAAACAGAAGGAUGGGGGCGAGCUUGAUGAGUGCUGGUUGAAUCUACUCCUGUGUAUGAUUGGAGAACAGUUCAGCGAAUCGACGGAAAUCUGUGGAGCUGUUGUCAGCGUUCGACAAAAGCAACACCGUAUUGCUCUUUGGACGAAAACAGCGUCAAGUGAACCUGAGCAAACUGCGAUUGGGCGACAUUUUAAAGACAUCUUGGAGGUGCCCGAGAGCGAAAAAAUUGGCUACAUGGUACAUGACGAUGCGAUUCGCCUUGACCGCCGCGCUAAAGAUCGAUACACUGUGUGA